AGGAGGGUCCAGGGACCAGCCAGAAAUCAUGAAACGGGGAGGGCAGAGUCGAGCUCCGGGGUAGGGCGCCGCAAAGCCAGCCCGGCUAGACCCGAGGGUGAGACGGGGGUUCGCCGGCGAAAGGGCCACGCGCCUUAAGAAGUUGUUACUUUUACCAACUUCGUAAUAGAGCGUAGGUAGCCCGCUCCAAGGCCACUGGGCUUUCCGGUCCCCGGCGCGGAGGGUUUGUUAUUGGGGGCGCGUCCGCGCCAACUGCGCAUGUGCAAGCCGGGAGGUGGGAGCCCGCGUCAGAAACGGCAGUGGCGGGUCGGGAUUGGGCACCUCCCUAGGAACUACAGUUUGAGUAUGCGAAAGAGAAGAGGGAGAACAAGCCGAAUCAGAAGACGAAAACUCUCCAGAAGUUCUGAACCAAGAGGAGUGAAUGAGAGCUUCAAGUGCGAAUUUAUAGAGCUAAAGAAAUGGCUGAAAGAUAGGAAAUUUGAAGAUACAAACUUAAUGCCUGCUUGUUUUCCAGGUACAGGAAGAGGGCUGAUGAGCAAAACAUCCCUACAGGAGGGACAGAUGAUAAUUUCAUUGCCCGAGAACUGCCUGCUCACCACGGAUACAGUGAUUGAAAGCUACUUAGGGGCGUACAUUACUAAGUGGAAGCCGCCUCCGUCUCCUCUGCUGGCUCUGUGCACCUUUUUAGUUUCAGAAAAGCAUGCUGGGGACCAGUCUCCCUGGAAGCCGUACCUGGAGAUUUUACCCAAGACCUACACCUGCCCUGUUUGUUUAGAAUCAGAAGUGGUGAAUCUUCUUCCGAAACCUUUAAAAGCAAAGGCAGAAGAGCAGAGAGCCCGUGUACAGGAGUUCUUUGCUUCCUCCAGAGACUUUUUCUGUUCCCUGCAGCCUCUGUUUGCAGAGGCUGUUGACAGCAUCUUCAGCUACAGCGCCCUCCUGUGGGCUUGGUGCACCGUCAACACCAGGGCUGUGUACCUGAGGCACAGGUGGCGGGAAUGCCUUUCUGCGGAGCCAGACACCUGUGCGCUUGCUCCAUACCUGGAUCUGCUGAAUCACAGCCCAAAUGUCCAGGUAAAGGCAGCAUUUAAUGAGGAAACUCGCUGUUACGAAAUUAGAACAGCUUCAAGUUGGAGGAAACAUGAAGAGGUGUUCAUCUGCUACGGUCACCAUGACAACCAGCGGCUGCUUCUAGAGUACGGAUUUGUUUCCAUCCAGAAUCCUCAUGCUUGUGUUUAUGUCUCAAGAGAAAUACUUGUUAAGUAUCUUCCAUCAACAGAUAAACAGAUGAACAAAAAGAUUUCCAUUUUAAAGGAUCAUGGCUUUAUAGAAAAUUUGACAUUUGGAUGGGAUGGACCAUCUUGGAGAUUACUCACAGCUCUAAAGUUGCUAUGUCUGGAAGCUGAAAAAUUUAUGUGCUGGAAGAAAGUACUUCUUGGGGAAGUAAUUUCAGAUACAAAUGAAAAGGCAAGUUUGGACAUAGCCCAGAAAAUAUGCUGUUAUUUCAUAAAGGAGACUAAUGCUAUGCUUCGGAAGGUUUCUCAUAUGAAGGAUGAGAAAGUAGCUUUGAUAAAUCAGCUAGCUUUGGUGGAAACGUUGUGGAUGGAAGAGCUGAAGAUUCUCCAGGCAUCUGCUGAGGUCCUGUGCCGUUUGCAAACAGCUUUUCCCUGACUGCACCUACCUGGUCACCUCCACUGACACUGCACUCUUAGGAGCGAAUCCACUGGCGAGAGUGGUGGUUGCCUUGAGACAGAAGGAUUUGUGCAGGAGCCCCCCAGGUCCUGGGGCUGUGGGGCUGCCGGUGGAGAUGGAUCUGUUGUCUGCUCCGCACCUUUGACACUCUGCUAAAGAAACAGCAGGAGGAAGCAGAGGACAAUACUGAGCUGCAAGGAGAGAGGCAGACUUCCAGGGGACCAGGAACCAGCAACCAGCCAGCCUCUUGUGUGUGGCCUGUCCCCACAGGGCCUGCUUCUUAUCUGACUGCAGCUGUCAAAGUCAAGCAUUUGUGCUUUUAAGAUGCUCUGAUACCAUUGUGUUAAGGGGCAGGUUGGUGGUGGGUGGCUUCCAGUGGUGGGUAUGGUGGAGUGCGAGGCAGUUCUGGGUCCCAGCCAAGGUGGUCCUCAGCCCCAGGUCUACCCUGAGGUGGGUGUUCAGGUGCCUUCUGGGGGACACUUAACGGUUUCCAAGAGGAAGGAUUUGCACACCCAAGUCUGGGCUUGUCUAAUUAUUCCUUUGGGGAAAAGGAGAGGCUUAGCCAUAGGUUCUUUCAGCUUUGUUUCAGCGUCUUUCCUGGCAUGCCCAGCUGUGCCUUGGUGAUAUUUUGGUCUGUGCCCUUACUCUUUAUUUUUUAUUUUUCUCAGACCCAGGGUGGGGAAAAAGGGCUACUUCCCUCAACUCUCAGCCGUCUGUGGCCUCAGGGGACCCCCUGGGGUAAGCAGUGGGAGAGGUAACCUCCGAGGGACAGCCAGGAAUCUCAGAGCUGGUACUGCUCCAGUCUUCCAUUGCAGUUGCCCAGAGUCCAGUUGUCCCUCCCAAGGGGUUAUUCUUCCCCAGAACUCAAAUUUCUUUUUCAUUAUGGAGCCAAAUGUGAUCAGGUAAAUGGAGCCCAUUUGCCUCAGAAGGCAGUCAAGAGUUUAAAUGAAACAUGUUUAUUAUAUCUUGAACAUCUUUUGUGUGUGUCAUUUGUGUUAAUUUUAUUUUUUAUUAGCUGCAGUGUAUUUUAUAAUAUGCUUUAGCCCAGGAGCUCGAGGCUGCAGUGAGCUGUGAUUUUGUCAUUGCACUCUAGCCUGGGUGACAGAGGGAGACCUUUUCUCAAAAAGAAAAAACAAAAACAGGUAUUGCGGGGAUGGGCAGACUCUUUCGGUGGAGGGCCAAAUAGUAAAUAUUUUGAGCUUUCUGGACCAUAUUGUAUUUCUCCCAACUAUACUGCAAAGCAGCUAUAGACUACAUAUAAACAGAUUGCACACUGAGUUCUAAUAAAACUUUAUUUACAAAGACAAGUGGUGGGCCAUACUUAUCCCUGUG